GCAGUCUGAACUGCAUACCAAGACCUAAGUAAAAAAAUAAAAGAACAAAACUUCAAACCUGAAAUGAACGCAGUAACUUGGCAAAAACUCUGACCAGUUCCACCCCCAAAGUCAUUAGGGGAACCCCAGGAAAGAGAGAAGGACACCAGAGGGAGACCCUCUCAGCCCUGCCCCGGAGUCACUAACCUGGAAAUGCAAUCCAGAGCGCUGCAAGAGAGGAGAGUGCAAAGCCGAGCUUGCAAGAAGGUGAACGGGCUGAGAGCUCCAUUGGGACCUCACUUCUCCCUAAAGGAGGUCCGGCCGGAGGCAGAGUCCAGGCCCCAGGGAGCCGCGGAUCCAGCCACCGGUCCCUUUAAGAAAGUUGUGCCUCCACCUGCCGGCCGCGAGGGCUCCCGGGCGGCCGCGCCUCCCCUUCCCCGCGGCCCCGGAGGCUCCGGCGCUCGGCCGGUGCGGCAGCCCAGCCGUUGGGGCCGCGCCCGCCCGCCCUCCGCCUGCUCCCGUCCGCCCAGCCCUGCCGCGGGAAAGGUGGCGCGGAUCCCGGGCGUGGCUCCGAGCGCGGACCAAGGUCUACCCGGCCCAGGGGGAUCGGAGCAGCUCGUCCCGGAGAAAGCUUGCGCUAACGGUCAGGAGCCCCGGGCGGAGGCGUUGCUGGGCUCGGUCACACUAAGGCACCGUCGCCCAGCCGUGUCCGCUUAAGCCUGCUUCUCUGCGCCAGCGUCUGGGAUAGGAUGGUCCCUUUUUGGCGUAUGGGACAGUGCGCCGAGUGACUUGGACAGCAAGGAUCAUAGGGGACAGCUGAGGGUGCGGAAGGAGGCACGAACUUACCGGGGAACCGUUA